GUCACAGUCGGUGCUGCUCGCUUACUCGCUGCGAAGUGUUGUUAUGUCAGGUCUGUAUAUGUAACUUGUACGUAAGCAGCACUUCGGUAAUAGCUGCAUUUUUUGUGGGAAUCACGGAGGACAUAAAGAAAUUCAGCAUGCUUGGAGCAGUGGUGGUUGGCAUUGGCACAGCUGGUUGUGUAAGGAUCAGAGAUAUGCUGGUGCCACUACGUGGCAGUCCUGCAGAGAAACUCGCUGUCAAAGGAUUUAUAUCCAGGAGAAGCCUGGAGCCUCAGCAGGGAGUGAGUCGGAUCUCACUGGAGGAGGCUUUGGGUAGAGACGACGUUCAUGUGGCGUUCAUCUGUACUGAGAACAUGUCACACGAGGACAAUGUCAGGAUGUUCCUGCAGGCACAGAAGCAUGUCUGUGUUGAGUAUCCUAUGACCAUGAGCUACAAGGCUGCUGUGGAGCUUUGGGACUUAGCUGAAGAAAAAGGAGUGAUUCUGCAUGAAGAACACAUUGAGCUGCUGUCAGAGGAAUACAAACAGCUGAAGAGAGAGGUAGAGGGAAAAACCUUGCAAGAAGGUACUCUUCAUUUUACUGGUGGAGCUUUAAAGCCUGGAUUUGGUUUCCCAUCAUUCAGCGGCAUCGCCCGCCUUACUUGGUUGGUUGAGUUGUUUGGUGAGCUCUCAGUAUCUGCAGCAUCACUGGAGGAGGACCCUGCUAACAGCUACAGCAAGAUGACUGCAAAGCUGCUAACGUCCGACAACAGAUCUCUGACAUGGAUUGAGGAACGGCAACCAGGCCUCCCCCGAGCAAAAAACAUCAACUUUCAGUUUGAUUCAGGGGCUCUGACUCAGAUUCCUCCUGCACCAAGAGGGACCGUGGGCCUUUUUAUGCAAGACCUGAUCCAUUUCUCUGCUAAGCUGGCAGGCCAAGUGAGUCCUGAAGAGCUCCAGAGAGAGAGAGUCAGGGUCCUACACUGCCUGGAACUGGCAGGCAAAAUACAAGAGCUUUGCCAAGGUUAAAGGGAAACUCCUUGAUCUCAUUGGAUGAUAGUUACAUUUAUACCCCCGUUUCAAAAAACAUUUGGUGUGUGGAAUGUAAAUAAAAUGCAGUGAUUUGAAAGUGUCAUAUACUUAUAGUUUAUUCACAAUAAAACAACAACCUUCAUAAAUAUCUGGGAAGUGAGGAAUGCUGCAUUUGUAGCAGAGGAAUGUUGUCCCAUUGUUGUGUGAUAGAGAAUUCAAAGAACUCUUCUUUUGAACUGAGUGCUGACAACAGCGUGGAUGUCCCUUUCCAUGUGCCAUCCAUGUUUCCCAAAAAGAGUUGCUUUAAUCAUAUGGCUUCUUCUUUGCAUGACAUAAUUUUAACCUGCAUUUGUGGAUGACGUUAUUGACUUGCAAGCUUAUUCCAGUUGGACUUUUCUAAGUGGGGACAUCCCAGUUGUUUUGGGAAGUCAACAGGAUGGUGAUGUACACUAAUAAAGUAAAUAUUAAACCAC